CAAUUAACUUCCGCUUUCGCCGUGCUGUUUGUCGGGACUCGUAGUUCCUGACAUGCCGUUUUUAUUUACUUCCGGGAAGGACAGUGACUACAGUAGUAUCAGAUUCGCCGGCAUAAUAAGAGAAAACCGGUGAUACAAUGUUUUCCUUCAACAUGUUUGACCACCCGAUUCCCCGGGUCUUCCAAAACCGCUUCUCUACUCAGUACCGUUGUUACUCAGUUUCCAUGUUGGCAGGGCCCAAUGACCGAUCUGAUGUGGAGAAAGGAGGGAAGAUAAUCAUGCCUCCAUCUGCUCUAGAUCAGCUCAGUCGUUUGAACAUUACUUACCCCAUGCUCUUCAAGCUGACAAAUAAAAAUUCUGACAGGAUGACACAUUGCGGUGUUCUUGAAUUUGUCGCAGAUGAAGGAGUAUGUUAUUUGCCUCAUUGGAUGAUGCAGAAUUUGCUGCUAGAAGAAGAAGGAUUGUUACAGGUGGAAAGUGUCAAUCUUCAAGUCGCCACAUAUUCAAAAUUCCAGCCACAGAGCCCAGAUUUCUUGGAUAUUACUAACCCCAAAGCUGUACUGGAGAACGCUCUGAGGAAUUUUGCUUGUCUUACCACUGGAGAUGUUAUCGCCAUUAACUACAAUGAAAAGAUCUAUGAGCUUCGAGUUAUGGAGACAAAACCUGACAAAGCUGUGUCCAUCAUAGAAUGUGAUAUGAAUGUUGAUUUUGAUGCCCCUCUGGGAUACAAGGAACCAGACAGACAUACACAGCAGGAAGAACAAACCGAAAUCGAACCAGACCACAGUGAGUAUGCAGCAGACCUUGGGUUCAGGGCAUUUUCUGGCUCUGGGAACCGGUUGGAUGGAAAAAAGAAGGGAAUUGACCCCAGUCCUUCACCAUUAAAGCCAGAAGACAUACGAAGAGGAAUUCCAAAUUACGACUUCAAGAUUGGAACAAUCACGUUCAUCAGAAAUUCAAGACCACAGACAAAGAAGGUGGAAGAAGAUGAUACCGCUAACCAGUUUAUUGCAUUUUCUGGAGAAGGACAGUCUUUGAGGAAGAAAGGCAGAAAACCAUAACUGUCUAUGGGAAGCAGAAAUAAAAUGAGGUUGCAGUGUAUUAUUUAUAUGUCUUAAUCUGAGAAAUUUUAGCAAGUUCUGCAGGAAGUAUGUGUAGAGGGCCGUCUCAAAGGUUUCUGUUUAAUUCAUGAAGAUCUCAGGCUAAUGUGGAGCAGGGACCCCUUCCUGGUUUAUGGAACUGUUCUGCUGUCUAACAAUGUUGACAACACCACACUUGACAAUCAUUAAGACAGGGAUAACACUUUUUAUUUAGCUUCAAUUUAUUUUCACUUUGACACAGGUUAGUCAUAAAACUAAGCAGUAUGGCUGCUGAUACUUAUUGUAUAGCUCAACUGCGGUCCCCCAAACCCACAGGGAGAUAAUCUGCAUACGCUAUAGCAUAUUCAGAGCUGUGUCGGUACGGGAUCAAGCAGCGGCCUAACAAGUGCUUGACCAGCCCCCCCUGCCGAAAAUCUUUGAAGGGGACCAGCGCGCGUAGAACCGUUCCCCCCCCCCCCCCGUAGCUUGAGUGUGCACGCAAAUAUUUCUAUAAGGCGGCGUCGGAGGGAGCUUUUUGAUGCUGCAGAUUAGAAAAAUCCGAUUGUUUUGCUAGUGUGGAUUCAUGCAGCUCAGUUCCCAUCAAGUAAAAAAAAAUAAUAAUUUGCUUAGAAGGCAUUCCCAAUUUUGGAACUUUCUGGAUAAUAGGAUUUUCCAGUUCUGUCACAUUCCUCUGGUAAGAUUCCUGCAGAUUGGUCUUUUUUUGUAACCUAAGAGAAAAACAUUAUAAUACUUAGCAGGGCCAGUCUAGGUUUUGAGAAAACCAGGAGUAUAUGAUACCAUGAUUUUUACAAUAAAUCUCUCAGUAUUCA